CUUAAAAGUCAACGACGCAUUUUCAGAAACAUCUGGAGGAAAGAAACAGAGUCGCAGAGUGGACGACGGGCACUUUCUCUUCGGUGUGCCUGGACGGCGGGGACACGACCGAGAAAGGCCGUAUAUCGUGCCGCUCUGGCGGAGGGGACGACGUGACUCUCAUCGAUUUUCACAUUGUGUCUGUUAUUCCAUAGUUUGUACCUGUCCUCCGUUUUUUCCCCGGUGUUUUUCUAAUGUCUCUGUCUUUCUUGCUUACUUCGUAUCUCGCUUCCCUAGGGUGUGAGUCCCAUAUCCAGGAAGACACCGAAGGAGUCGCGGCGAUUCUCAGGGUCACGGCGCCGCCAUAAAGUAGGAAAAGGCAACGUGAAUUCACUCCUUUCUGAGUGUAUUUUCAUCUUUUUCCGUUAUAUUUUUCUCUCGUGGUUGUUCUAAGUCGUCUCAGGGGUCUCCAGACCUCGGUUCCUCCUCUCCGUCAUCAAAUCCGUUUCAGUCCCUUUGUCAUCAGCCUUUCGUUUCGUUAGUAUUCUUCGUCUCCGAAACCCUUGGCUGUUCAUUUUCUGUCAGUAGGCAGAAUCCCCUCCCGUCGCCUCUCUCUACGUGCCCUGCGCUCUCUCGCGUAAGCUUUCGUCUUCUCUCGGCCUUCUUUCCUCAGCAAAGAUGCCAUCUUUGGCUGACAGCUCCAGCGGGGCGCAUUCUAGCUCCUUUUGUGAAUAUUUUCGGCGCAGAGCAACUCAAUUCCCUACCCAAUUUCCUUUCUCGUCUGAGUUUUCUUUCCUCCCUCUGGCCUCUCCUUCCUUUUGUCGUUAUGCUUUGUUGUCUACCACAACUUCCUCCGGAGUUUUCUCCUCUCCUCGACCACUUCGUGCCUCUUAGAAGCUCUCCUCUCCAGUAUUGUGUCUUCUCUCUCCCAUCUCCUGAGCGAAGAUGAACGUGACCAAGGCUCUCGGCCUCUCGAAGGUUCUGCCCUCAGAACAAGAUUUACCUUCUCUCCCCAAAGUCGAUACAAAGAAAAAGAGAAAAGAAGCCCGCAAACCUCCCGCCUUGCCGCAUCGCCCCACUCAGGGAGGCGGCAGCCGCGCGUCUGCGAAGAAGAGCAGCUGGGCCUUCGUGUGGGGUGGGAAGGAGACACCUGUCUCUGAGCUGCCUGCAGUGUGUGGAGAUAGAGACGGAAACGCUGCUGCUCUGUCGACUGAACUCGACGAGCUCGUGGCCCUCUGCCAAAGCAUCGAGGCCGAGUGUUUGGUGACGGCGCCCGAAGAGUGCGAGGAGGAGAGAGACGAGUUUCUUGCUGUGAAGAAGCGGAUGGAAGACACUCUCAAAAACACCUACAUGCUCAUUGAGGAGCGCCGAACGAUUCGCGCUGCUAAAGGGACGACUCUGGAAACCGUUCGUUUGGGAGGCGAGAUCGACGACAAUCUGUCUCUUCUCCGCGAUCUCUUUGAGGAGAUUAGCGCCGUGUAUCGCCAGCAAUUCAAACAGCGGAAGAAAAAGAAGUUGACGGAUGCAGAUUUGGAGGAGCGACACGCAGACAUCAACCGCCUCAUGCGAGCCAUCGAAGAACUGCGACGAGAAAGCAAACGCACAGCAGUUGCCGCGGGUCCGCGGCAAAACCAACGCCUCCGGACUCUGUCGGAAAUUGCGUCGGGGACACUUGGGCCCUCUCCAGGUGUCUCCUCAGAAGGGCCGUUGUCCGUGUGGGGUGAGGCAGUCGAUGAGGGCGUGGGCGCCGGUGAGGUGGGUGGACCCUUUGUCGAGGAAGUCUCUCGGGAGGAUCGGGAAACCAUUCGAAGGUGGAAAGAGCGAGAUGAAGAAUUCGAUAAAGAAGUCGCCGAAAUCGGGGAGGCGAUCGAUAGAAUCGCCCAUGUGGCUGUGCAGAUCGGCGACAAGGCGGAAGUGCACCAUGAGCUCAUUCAGCAGGUACAGACUCACACGGAGCAGGCAGCAGCGGAGAUCCAGGUACUUAACGCGAAGGUUAAAGGUCUGCUGAGUAAGCAGAGCAACGCGACGUUCUUUACCCGUCUGCUCCUCAUUGUUAUUCUUCUUUUCCUAGUGUGUUUCGUUCUCUCCAUCGUCUACGCGAGGUACAUAAAGCGAGCUUGAAAGUGCAGUCUGACUGCUCCGGCGUCCAUCUGUCUGUCGGUGGGCUUUGCUUCUCUGGGUUCCCGCGACCUGCCUCUCUCUGGACGUUUCAAUUCUUCACACUUCUUGAGUUCGGUAUUGACUUAGAAAGCCUCUUCUGCCAAGGCGAUUCCGUCGAACACGGAUUUUUUGGUGUAGAGCUUGGAUGUGCGGUUAGAAUGCCCUGCUGCUACUUCUCGAACUCUGGGUGUACAUCCAGACCCGGCCCCUGCUCUCUGCAUCUGUCUCUGUUUCCUCAGCGAGUGAGGAAUCAGGCAGCCGCUUCUCUGUUCUUUCAUUUCGCGCAAGUUCCUGAGUGUCCUAGGUUGCCAGGCUUUUGUCAGUGCAUUUUCCACUGCUGAUCGAUCUCGGGAGAAAGGAGACACCAGGCGUCAACCGUGCGUGUUCUCCCUUCUUCGAAUUCGCAAGAUGAAUGCGAGUCUCCCAACAACGUGUGUGUCUCUUUCUGCUCCUCGCUAUCAUCUGUCCUCGCCCUUUGUCUCCUCGUUUGUCUGCUUUCAAUGUACCUUCACAUCUCUGUAGUCUCUCGGCACUGUCUUUCUGAGGUUUUCAUCUUGGAUGCCAUCCGAGAUGACUGCUUUCCAACCUCGAUCUCAGCCAUUGUCGGCUUCCUUGUUUCCCUUACGUCGUAUCAGUGUACCGCUGCCUCUCCUUGUCUUUCAGACGGCGGUGGUUUUCUCCUCUCUGUGCUCCUUUCCCUCUGUCUUUCUCUCCUUCUGUCUCUCCUUCCCUUUGUGUCGCCUUUCUGGCGCUGUCCGUCUCUCUCAGUAUCUCUUUCUCUACCUCUUUUUCUUCCUCUCUGUCUCUCUUUUUUUCUAUUGGUACUCUCCACACCAACACAGUGGCAGUAGCUACGUAUGGGCAGGCCCGAAUUCACAUGGAGCGUGGCG